AAUUUGUCACAAUGAAAACAACCAAUAUUUUCAGGAAAAUAUUGCUUCUUUUUGCUUCAAUGAUGGCAGCCAAGUCCAAUGUUUUCCAAUAUAGAGAAAAAUAUUUACAAGUGGGUGGGCAAACCAGUUUCUAUUAUAGUGUUUUCGCUUUACACAAUGUAAAAAUACAUUUACCGUUUGUUUUGUCAAAGUCAAACAUGCUAUGGAGACCCUUCUGCUACCUUGGAACUACCAGCUUUUGAUUCACCUUGAGGAGAUUGUUCUGUUCUCGAAGAUCAGUGGUUCGGAUUUGAUGAAUUAGAGUGCGAAAAAAUACAACAUUUUUAUUAGAAAGAUCUUUGUUCUCGAAUAUCGGUGGUUCGGAUUUGAUGAAAUGGAGUGCGAAAAAAUACAACAUUUUUAUUAGAAAGAUCUUUAUUUUUAAGGAGAAUUCAUCAACUGAGUUCAUGGUGAUUUAAGCAGACACCAAAACCAAAACCAAGCUUCAGGAUUUCAAGCUUUCCUCUGAAACCUAUAUCAUCAGGUCGAGGAGCCCAGUUCAAAGGGAAGUGGCCCAUGAAUUGGGUUCUACGUUUUUGUGAUUUCCAGUUCAGAGAGCAGAUCUCCAAUUUGAAAGCACUGAUUUUUUAAACUGGGUUGUUGUUGUUUUCUGCAAUUUGUUGCCAAGAAGUGAGAUAUGGUGGAGGAGGAGGAUCUACAGUCCUCUGGUUCAGUAGAGGAACAUGAUUCCAGAAAAAGCUGCUGUGGUUGUUUCUUCGCUCCAAUCCACUGGUUCAAAAUGCUUGCCUCGGAAAUGCACUGGAGCUUUGUAUUUGGGGUCGUUGCUGUGUAUGGAAUAAGUCAAGGAUUGGGUGGAUCGCUUUAUCGUGUGGGGACAGAGUAUUACAUGAAAGAUGUCCAAAAGGUACAGCCUUCUGAAGCACAGAUUUAUUCGGGAAUUACUUCUAUUCCAUGGAUUGUCAAGCCUCUUUGGGGUCUUCUCACGGACGUUCUCCCAAUUUCUGGGUAUCGAAGGCGACCUUAUUUCAUUCUAGCUGGAUCUCUUGGUGUUAUCUCCAUGUUGAUUUUGUCAUUGCAUGAAAAGCUGCAUCUUGCACUAGCCCUUUUGUUUUUAACAGCUGGAAGUGCUGGUGCAGCAAUAGCAGAUGUGACCAUAGAUGCCUGCGUGGCACAGAACAGUAUUAGUCAUCCUUCAUUGGCAGCUGAUAUGCAAAGCCUGUGCGCAUUGAGUUCUUCCAUUGGAGCACUAGUGGGUUUCUCUAUAAGUGGUAUCUUUGUCCAUCUUAUAGGCCCUAAGGGGGUGUAUGGCUUGUUGGCAAUACCUUUUGGACUUGUAUUUACAGUUGGAAUUUUGCUUGAUGAGCCUCAUAUGCCCAAUUUUUCCUACGGAGAGGUAAAUCAGAAGUUCAUAGAUGCAGGCAAUGCUAUGUGGACAACAUUGAAAUGCCCUAAUGUAUGGAGGCCAUGUCUAUAUAUGUACUUAUCCCUUGCAUUAAGCUUGAACAUUGCUGAAGGAAUGUUUUAUUGGUAUACAGACACGACGAACGGUCCAGGUUUCUCUCAGGAGAAUGUGGGUUUUAUAUUCUCAAUCGGUUCGGUUGGCUCCCUACUUGGAGCAAUACUCUACCAAUACAGUCUAAAGGAUCAUCCUUUCCGCGACUUGCUUUUUUGGACACAGUUGCUUUUUGGUUUAUCAGGAAUGCUAGAUUUGAUUCUGGUCUUGCGAUUAAAUUUGAAAUUCAGUCUUCCUGAUUAUUUCUUUGUUGUGAUUGGUGAAAGUGUAUCUCAAAUGAUAGCAAGGCUCAAAUGGAUGCCUCUUCUUGUGCUUAGCUCGAAGCUUUGCCCUUCAGGCAUUGAAGGCACUUUCUUUGCUCUGCUCAUGUCAAUUGAUAACGUUGGACUUCUGUCGUCAACAUGGGGAGGAGGAAUCUUACUCCAUGUAUUGAAGGUUACUCGGAUACAAUUUGACAAUCUCUGGCUGGUCAUUUUGAUCCGAAACAUAUUAAGAGUUGCUCCUCUCUGUAUGCUAUUUUUGGUACCCAGAGCUGAUCCCAACUCUUCAAUUCUACCAGCUGAAAUCUUGAGUACAGAAGUUGAAAUUGAAACUCCAGAAACAAAGAAUAUUGAGUUGAUAUCCCUCAUAAACAGCGUUGAUAAUGGUAGAUAACUGAAACAAAUACAUUAAUUUCUGUACGAUUUUACAUUUUAAUGGCAAACAGAUUUUAAAAACCAAGCUUAACUUGGUUGAGUUGGAGACAAGAAAGAUGGCCUAAAUCAAGAAACUUUAUGGCGGUGGCCCUUAUGUAUGAUUCUUGCACUCGUGCUUUCUCGCAUAUUUUCUAUCAUGUGAAAUAUUUCAUUGUAGUGCAACAAGAUUAUAAUGAACACGUUAGGAAGAAUGCUCAGAUGAUUUUUUGUCAUUAUUUAAAAUAUAAUGUAUCACUUUUGUACUUGUUA